GAAAGGAAAACAGAAGAAACCGAGGAGGCCGAUCAUGCUUCCCUCGGCCUUAUCUACCGAUACCGACCGACCUCCCUCGCGCCCCGCUUGAGCUUGCAAGAUGGAUGUAGCCAACUCUACCGCCGUCUCGAGAGUGACGACGGCGGUCACGGUGAUGGGUGCCGUAGACAGCCACCCGAACCGGCUCUCGUCGGCCGUGGCUGCAGCCAGCGACGUCGCAAAUGCCCACGGCUCGUCGUCGUGGCUGGGCCUCUUUGCCCGGAUCGUGCUCUGGAUCCUGCAGCUCGUCUCGACUGUGCUGUACUAUUCAAUCAAACUGGCCACCAUCUCCAUCCCGACCCUGCUCUACACUCUCUUCUCGACGAGCCUGACGGUCACCAUGAACGCUACCACGCUCAUGCUCAUCCUGGCAGCCAUGAUAGCUGCCAUCAGCUGGGUAGUCCGGUAUCGUUACCUCAACAUGUACUCCCGCCUCCCACCCGAGCCGCAGCGCAAGGAGCCCGAGGUCGAUCUCUUCCCCGACACGCACGAAGAGGGCAUCAAGCCCGGCUUGUCCAACUACUUUGACGAGUUCCUGAGCGCCAUCAAGAUCUUUGGCUAUCUUGAGCGGUCCGUCUUCCACGAGUUGACCCGCAGCAUGCAGACCCGGAAGCUCAUCGCCGGCGAAACCUUCAACCUCGAGGAGGAGAAGGGGUUUUGUCUGGUCGUCGAUGGGCUGGUCGAGAUCUUUGUGAAGUCGUCCAGCUAUAACCGGCGCUUCGUUGCCAACAGCCCCCUUGUCGGCCCUGCCGGCGAGACGCCCUCGAGCGACGAUGAGCACGACCACCCCGGACAGCAACGGUACCAGCUCCUGACUGAGGUUCGCAAUGGCGCGCCCAUGUCGUCCUUGUUUUCCAUCAUGUCGCUCUUUACCGAGGACGUCGCGUUGCGGCAGGCCGACGAUGAUAGCUCCGAGAGUGGGACAGCCGCUCACAGCACCCUCUUUCCAAGCUACCCUGCGAGCGCCGACUUCAGGAAGUCGCGUGUUGCGUCGCACUCCCUACCCGGCACCCCUCAACUUGACGGCUCCGCUGAGAACCUCCCCGAACAUCUCGCGCCCGCCAGUGCCGACCGCGACCUGCCUCGUGUGCCCCCUAUCUCGCUCGACGGAAAUGGCUUUUCCCGGUCUCAAGGGCCCCUACCCAAGCGGAACAGCACCACCUCUGCUCAUCCGGACAUCAUCGCGAGGGCAACCGUGGACACGACCGUAGCCAUCAUUCCUGCCAGCGCCUUCAGGCGGCUGAUAAAGAUAUACCCCAAGGCUACGGCGCACAUCGUUCAAGUCAUUUUGUCGAGGUUUCAGAGAGUUACCCUUGCUACGGCGUACAACUACCUAGGCUUGACCUGCGAGGUGGUCCAGUUAGAACGCCAGAUGCUGAAGUACACGACACAGCAGCUCCCAAACCAUCUCCGAGGGGAUGCCCUUGACAGGCUGAAAGAGAAGUUCAAACGCGAAAGGGAGAGGAUCGGGGAGGAGGAUGUCAGCAAGGGGAUCGCUCUCCACAACGCCCGUGCUGGCCGCCGCCGCCGCUCAACGGCGACGCUCCGGAAGGAGGCAGCCCUGCAAGCUUUUUCCAAGCAACGCCAACUAUCCAUGACCGGCAGCCCGUCCAUGAGCACUGCGAGUGCUGGCGAUCUCGUCAGGCACCUGCAGCAGUCAAGGAGCGCAGGCAACCGCCCCCAGAGCGUGGCUUUUAUCGACGGGCCGUCUCCGCACCUCGAUUUGCGGGGAGACGCCUCAUCUCCUCUGGCGCAGCGCACCUUCAAUCCCUUCGCGACCCAGAGGAACGUACAUCUUUCGCUGGACAAGCGAGACACGCUCGACGAGGACAACUUGUUUCGCGAGUCGAUCCUGGAAUGUAUGUUCAAGGCCAUCGGGUUAACCGGCAGUGGCGGCUCGAAUAGGGAUGCGGACUCGGCGCAGGCCUCUCCGCGGCUAGUAUCCUUCGACCAACGGCGGCAAAAGGCGGUCUUCACGACCCACGCAUUUGGGUUCAUGGACGGGUUCGAAGCAUCGGCUGACGGUGACUCGGAGUCCAUGACCUCUGCCGGACCGUCCGCCCCGCCGUCACCGAAUCCCCACGUGCUUGCACAGGAGAUACGGGACGAGAUGGAGAUCGUUUUUUUCCCCAAAGGGUCCGUGUUGGUGGAACAAGGCGAGAGAAACCCAGGGCUCUACUACGUGGUCGACGGUUUUCUAGAUAUUUGCACUCAGGAGGAGGUAUCGUCGUCCGAUGUCGUCCACGCUACGGGCAGGAGGUCUCUGCAUGCGAUGGAUACCGUCGAGUCGCUAUGCAACCCGCAGCGGGUGGCGAGGACAAUGCGCACGGGCAACGAGCUUCGCGACACGGAGAAAACGCCCAAGCCUUACCGCCGGAGCGUGGCCCUGAUCAAGCCGGGUGGGCUCGCUGGGUAUGUCGGCACGAUCUCGUCGUCCAGGUCCUUCAUCGAGGUCGUGGCCAAGACGGACGUCUACGUCGGCUUCCUUCCGCUGGCCUCCAUCGAGAGGAUUGUCGACCGGUAUCCCAUUGUGCUCCUGACCAUGGCAAAGCGGCUCACAAACUUGCUGCCGCGUCUGAUCCUGCACAUCGAUUUUGCCCUCGAGUGGCUGCAAGUGAAUGCCGGCCAGGUCAUAUUCCACGAGGGCGACGAAAGCGAGGCCAUCUAUAUCGUCCUGAAUGGGCGCCUAAGGCUUGUUGAAGACCGGAAGGAUGGCGGGAUGAACGUCAAGGCGGAGUUCGGACAGGGGGAGAGCAUUGGAGAGCUGGAAGUGCUGACCGAGUCUUCGCGCUCCGGCACGCUGCACGCGAUCCGAGACACGGAACUCGUCAAGUUUCCACGUACGCUCUUCAACAGUCUCGCGCAGGAGCAUCCCAAUAUCACGAUCAAGAUUUCCAAGAUCAUCGCAUCCCGGAUGAGGGCACUCAUGGACGACCCUUCGACCGUUUUGGGAACCAAGGACCCGUCUGGGAGGAGCUCGGUCAACAAGAGCUCCACCACGCUCAACCUGCGGACCGUGGCCGUGCUGCCGGUCUCGAGCGGUGUUCCGGUCGUCGAGUUUGGCAAUAGGCUGCUGAACGCGCUGACCGAGGUCGGGGCUCCCAACGGCGCCACGUCGCUGAACAGCGCGGCAGUGUUGAACCAUCUUGGCAAGCACGCAUUUAACAGAAUGGGCAAGCUCAAGUUGUCGCACUACCUGGCGGAUCUGGAGGAGAAGUACGGUCUUGUUAUUUAUGUGGCUGACACGAACGUCAACGCCCCGUGGACGCAGACCUGCAUCGCCCAGGCAGACUGCGUCCUUCUGGUCGGCUUGGCCGAUGGCUCGCCUGAGAUUGGAGAAUAUGAGCGGUUCAUGCUCGGCAUGAAGUCGACGGCGAGGAAGAUCCUCGUUCUGCUGCACGAGGAACGCUACUCGACCCCCGGCCUGACGAGGAAGUGGCUCAAGAACCGCGUGUGGAUCAACGGCGGCCACUUCCACGUGCAGAUGACAUACAGCCCCAACGUGGUGCCGAUCCAUCCGCCUGCGAAGCCGGGAGGCCCGACGUUGAGGGAACGGGUGCAGAUCAUCCAGGCCGAGAUCCAGAAGUACACGUCUAGAAAGGCGCGCGCCAGCCCGUUCUACUCGCCGGAUGCGCCGUUCAAGGGGGAUUUCCACCGGCUCGCACGGCGCCUCUGUGGCAAGUCGGUCGGCCUGGUGCUGGGCGGCGGCGGAGCGAGGGGCAUCGCGCACAUCGGCAUCAUCCGCGCCAUGCAGGAAGCGGGCAUCCCGGUCGACCUGGUCGGGGGCACGUCGAUCGGCGCCUUCAUCGGGGCCCUGUACGCGCGACAUGCCGACUUCAUGCCCAUCGUGCACGCGGCCAAGAAGUUCGCGGGGCGCAUGUCCAGCAUGUGGCGGUUCGCGCUCGACCUGACGUACCCGUCGGCGUCGUACACGACGGGCCACGAGUUCAACCGCGGCAUCUUCAAGGCGUUCGGCGACACACAGAUCGAGGACUUCUGGCUCGACUACUACUGCAACACGACCAACAUCUCCAAGAGCCGGGCCGAGUUCCACACGAGCGGGUACGCGUGGCGGUACGUGCGGGCGUCCAUGUCGCUCGCGGGCCUGCUGCCGCCGCUCUGCGACGAGGGCAGCAUGCUGCUCGACGGCGGCUACAUCGACAACCUGACCGUGUCGCACAUGAAGUCGCUCGGGUGCGACGUCAUCUUCGCCAUCGACGUGGGCGCGCUCGACGACGACACUCCGCAGAGCUUUGGCGACUCGCUGUCGGGCGUGUGGGCCUUCUUCAACCGGUGGAACCCCUUCUCGUCGGUGCCGAACCCGCCGACGCUGGCCGAGAUCCAGGCGCGCCUGGCGUACGUCUCGAGCGUCGACGCGCUGGAGCGGGCCAAGACGAUGCCCGGGUGCAUCUACAUGCGCCCGCCGAUCGACGAGUACGGGACGUUGGACUUCGGCAAGUUUACCGAGAUCUACGCGGUCGGCUACGCGUACGGGCAGGAGUUCUUGGGAAAGCUGAAGGAGAAGGGCAUGCUGCCGCUGGCGGAGGAGACGGAGGGGAAGAAGGCGCUGCGGCGGACCAUGGCGCCGCGGAGAGCGAGUAUUUAGUUUGGUUGACAACUAGGGGUUGUGUACAUACAUGUGUGCGUGCUGGCGGUGGGAUCAAUAGAUGGUAGCAUUGGCAUUGUACAUUGUGUCUUGAACACGAACCAUUGG